AUGGAAAGCAGUCAUUCUGUGCGAUAUGAGCUGAUGGCCGAGAUUGGUGAAGGAGCUUAUGGAAAAGUGUACAAAGCAAGGGACCUGGAAAAUAAUGGGAGGUUUGUGGCACUGAAAAGAAUUGAGAUCCCAAGAACACAGCAAGGUAUCCCUUUCAUAGUAAUUCGGGAGGUGGCCUGGUUAAAACAGUUAGAAGUCUUUGACCAUCCAAAUGUCAUCAGGUUAUUUAAUGUGGAUCUUGGAUCUCAGACGGAUCAGAUAAUGAAGUUGACACUUGUGUUUGAACUCAUUGAACAAGAUUUAUCAGCGUUCCUAACGAAAGUUCACAAGCCAGGCCUUCCUCAUAACAAAGUGAAGGACAUAAUGGUACAACUAUUUAGAGGCUUGGAUUUUCUCCAUUCAAACCGUGUGGUACAUCGAGACUUGAAGCCACAGAACAUCCUGGUUGCAAACAGUGGCCAGGUGAAGCUAGCAGACUUUGGCUUAGCCCGAGUGUACAGCUUCAACAUGGCACUGACUCCUGUGGUUGUUACUCUGUGGUACCGAGCACCAGAAGUCCUAUUAUAUUCAAGAUACACAGCAGCUGUUGACAUUUGGAGUGUUGGCUGCAUAUUUGCUGAAAUGCUUCAACUCCGACCCUUUCUUUGUGGAAUCUCAGAUAUUAAUCAGCUUCAAAAAAUAUUUGAUAUGCUCGGUCUUCCUGAUGAAGAGGAAUGGCCCGCUGAUGCUCCACUGCCCUACAGCUCCUUUACUGCCAGGCCGCUAAAGCCUAUUGAAGAUUUACUGCCUCAGAUCGAUUCAUUAGGAAAAGACCUACUACUUAACUGCUUCCACUUCAGUCCAAACCGAAGGAUGUCCACCUAUGAAGCACUUGCCCAUCCUUAUUUUAGUGAUAUGCCAGAACAUUUUGAAGUCUGCAGUCACGAAUGA